CGGUUGUCUGAAUAAUGGAAACAUUUCUAACCAUAAGUCUAUUGCUAAUACCAAUUGGUUUAAUAACGUUGAGACAACAACAUGAGGAAAUCAAAACAACAACAAUGGUAGAGCGAGUCCAAAGAGCAGGUUAUGAGUGUGAAACUUAUGACACCUUUACAGACGAUGGCUAUGGUUUGAGAUUAUUUCGUCUAAGAAACUCCACAUCAUUUAACGUACCAGAACCAACAACUCCACCUCGACCUGUGGUGUUUCUUAUGCAUGGCAUAGCAAGCUCCUCCGAGAGCUGGGUCCUUGAGAGUCUAUCAAAUCCCUUGGCAUAUGAGUUGUUGAAACAAGGCUUUGAUGUUUGGUUGGGUAACAAUCGUGGCAGCACCUAUGGCAAAUCUCAUCGCAAUUUGUCCGCAAGUCAAAGUCAAUUCUGGAGAUUUUCUUUUCAUGAGAUUGGCACCAUCGACUUGCCUCAUAUGGUGGACUUUAUAUUGGGUAAAACCCAACAAUCCUCUUUACACUAUGUGGGCUAUUCGCAGGGCACCACAGUUGCUUUUGUUCUACUCUCCAUGCGACCCGAAUACAAUGGGAAAUUCAAAACCCUCAGCAUGCUGGCCCCCGUCGCAUAUUUGAACCAUUGCCGUUCAAUUCUGCGACAUCUAGCGGGCUUUCUGGGUAUUUAUACUCCAGUACAUUCUUGGCUAGGUGAUAGAGCCCUGUGGCCGCCUUGGUUUCUUCGUAGACUUUUGGGCUUAGAGGCAUGUGGCCGAGCAGGUACAAACCCUAAGUUGUGCACUUUUCUGAUGUUCAAAUUAUUCGGGGGCUAUUCAGCUUAUCUCGAGGAGACGCUUUUGCCGGAGAUAUUUCAAAGCCAUCCAGCAACUUUAUCCAUGCAUCAAUUACUGCAUUUCAUGCAGUUGACAUAUUCCCAAAAAUUUCGUCAAUACGAUUUUGGCCCUGAUGGCAACCUCCAGCGCUACAAUCAAUCAACACCGCCCGAGUACAAUUUGUCGAAUAUAAGACCCACAUUGCCGCUGCACUUGUUCUACAGCGAUUACGAUGAGAUUGUAUCGAAAACAGAUGUGGAAAUGUUGGCUGAGAAAUUGGGGAAUCAUAGUGUUAGCCAUUUUAUAGAUUUACCAUAUUUUGCCCAUAUCGAUUUUGUAUGGGGUUCAAAUAUUGAAGACGUCAUUAAUCGACCUAUUGUGGAAAUAAUGAAUAAUGCGGAAAAAUUAUUGCAAACAAAUCCUAGGUCUCAGAGAGAUUUAGAGAGUGGGUAA